CUCGAGCUCUCAUCACCUCUACGCUUGCCUUCCAAGCCAUGAGCACUAUCCCCCCUCACGACCUCGAGACCGGCCAAGCCAUCCCGACGGCCCAAGCCGUCAGCCCGACGUGCCAAGUCGCCAGCCCGACGUACCAAGUCGCGAGCCCGAUGGGCCAAGUCGUCAACCCGAUGAGCCAGCGCCAGAUCCUAGUCGACCAGAACGGUAUCCUCCUUGGCCAGUGGAAAGUGGGGCUCUUUUCGUGCCUGGACUCUUGCAUCCCCAACUGCUUGAUGGCGUGGCUGUGCCCGUGCAUCGCGUACGCGCAGAUUCGCCACCGCAUGACCGGGUCGUUCUGGGGCGCGUGCUGCUGCUUUUUGCUUUGCAAUGGGCUUCCCAUCUUCUGCAUCCGCGGCGAAGUCCGCGAGCGCUUCCGAAUCCCCGGCAACGCGUGCGAGGACGUGUGCUGCGCGCUCUGUUGCCCGAUUUGCGUCCUCGCCCAAGUCGCGACCCACACAGAGUCGUACACGCCCGGCUCAUGCGACUGCGGCCCAAAAGAUGUCUUGCUCGGCUAUACUGUUUGAUCCUAGCGACAUGCUAAUAUACUAUAAUCUGACUAAAAAGCUACUACUAGC